UUCCAUGAAAGAUCGAUAUUUAUUUUACGGAAUAUUUUCUUUUCCGAACGAGAUAGAAUCUGUAUACAAACCGUAUAUUUCGCGAAAGGCAUCGUUUCAUCGAAAGACAUCAUCACGGAACACGUUUCUAUGGUAUAUCGCGCUUACGUGAUGCUAGAAGUUUCAGGUGUCAUUUAUUGUAAAUAGUUCAGAUUAGAUUUUAUCGUAUUACAAUAAGAGAGCAAGGAAUAUAGAAGAGGAAUGGAAAAAAGCAGGGGAAAAAAAGGAAAGGAUUGGCGUACAGCGAUCUCUACAGGAGCGACGCCGUCCGCGAAUAAAAUUCAAAAUAAAAGUUAACCCUGAAGCACUAAUGAAUUUAUCGCAUCAACACUCGAUAGAUCGAUUUUCUCAUAAGUAAAAGAUUAACGAAGUUGUUCCAUAUUUUUUAUUAGCUGUAACGUAACAUCGAAUCACAAAAGUUGGGUUAAAGAAACGUGGAAUGGAAGGUGAAUUUUGAUUGGUCACGAUUUACAUUUUCCCAUAAUUGAAUAUUGAAUGUUGCACCUUGUAUAUAUAUGAAUUUAGUGCUACAGAGUUGGCUAGCUUCGCGACCAAUCAGAAUCAUUCUACUUUGCCGCGAAUAGCUCAGUCGACUUUAAGAAGCGGACGAGUGAAGAUGCGAUGCGAGAACGAUCCGCGUAAAAUCGAAUAUCGUCGUUUCUAUUUCCGAAUAUUUUACAAAAAAUCGAUUCACGAAGCGUGAUUUUCAAUCGUAAGUGACAUCCAGAUGUGAAUCAUUAAUUGUGUCGUAAUUUAUUGCGAAAAGAUUACUUCCGAUCGGUGACUAGUGGAACUUCGAAAUGUGAGAAAAUGUUUCUCCACGUUGGAACAACGGUCGAUGUAUCGUACAGUAAAAAACAAUCAUGUAGUUUACAAUCAUCGAGUGUAUCGAAGAUAUUUUGUAGCUCGUCAACGUCACGAAUGUCAACAUCCACAAUUGUCGCUCGAAAGUUAUCACAUCAUGUUUGCAACGCUAAAAAAUAAAAUACGAGAAGAAAUAGGGAGUGACGUGUCAACUGUCGUUAGAAAUGCCGGCAAUGUGCGUGCUAUUAAUUCGAGGCAUAUGUCUCAGACGGGAUCUACAAGUAGUAUUAGUGGAUCUCAAAUUUCAUUAGAUGGUUCACGUGAAGAAAACACAACCUCACCUUCUCCACCUGUCUCAUUAAAAAAAGAUAGCUUUGAUUUUAAAUUAAAUGAUAAUAUGCAACUCUCUGCUAAAGAUAUUAAAAAACUUGAAAACAGAGAAGAUGAAUGGCGAAAAAGAUUGGCAAAAAAAGAGACAGAAUUGAUGAAACGAAUGGAAAAAAAAGAAGAGGAAUGGAAAGUAAGACUUUUUGAAAAAGAAAAAGAAUGGAAAAAAGUAGUUGAAAAACAGGAAAAAGAUAAGAAUAAAUUAGAAGAAGAAUUAAGAGACAUUCAAAAUACAAAACAUUCGUUGGAAUUAGCUCUUAAAGAUGCAGAAGAAUACAAAAAAAAAUUAUAUACUUUUCAAGAAGAUGCAGAACAAUUAGAAGGUUUUCAAACUCAAGAAAUGGCAAAAAUAAAACACUUAUUAUUGGCAAAAGAACAAGAAGUGGAAGAAAAAACACAUCAUUUAAAAGCAGCCAUUGCAGAAAUUGACAGUUUAAAAAGUGAAGUUUCUCGUCUUAGAAGAUAUGAAGAUGAAUUAAAUAAUGUACAGGAUGAAAUGGAAACACUACGUCAUUCUACUCAGCGCGAGAGAGCUCAACUAUCCUGUCAACUGGCACAAACUGAAGAGGAAGUACGUCACUUAAAAGAUAAAGUUUUUGUAUUAGAACAAAGAGUCGCUUUAGAGAGUAAUGAUCAAGUAACAGUGGAUGAAAGAAUAGCUGAUCUUAUGAGAGAAAGAGCGUUGUUAGAAAGAAAGUUAGAAGAAGCUCACCUUCAUUUAUCCGAUAUAAAAACUAGUUGGUCAGGAAAAAUAUCUAGCUUGGAGACACAAGUUGGGAGACUUAGCAGGCAAGCUGGUGAAGAAGGUUUGGAAAGAAGACGAGUCGAAGAAGAAAGUGAAAAACUGAAGCAAAGGAUCAAGCAGCUAGAAGCUGAAAUAGAGGUGAACAAUGUUGUCAUGGCGACGAAAGACGCCAAGCUUUUGCGCAUGGCAGAGGACAUCGACGAGAUGGCCACGGAACUAAAAGAGCUCCGGGCCAGCGUCGAUGAUGAGGUGGACGAAUUUAAACGACAAAUUGAAUCAUCAUCAAAGCAGAUAACUCAGUUAAAGCAAGACUUGGAAGAAACAACAACAAAACUUUCAACUGCUAAUUCAGAAUUAGCUCAUAUUCGUUUGACUCUAGAAGGGGAACGAAUGAAUAAUUCAUCUCUGCAUUUAGAAGUAGCACGUUUACGAGAAGAUCUGGAAUCUGAAAGAACAGCAUCAGCAACAUUAAAAGUAUGUUUAGAAAAGGAAAAGAAUGAAAAAGAUACUGUAUUAUUAAGAAAUGCUCAAGUUUCUCAAGAUAUAGAAAUUGUGAAGCAAGAAAAUAGACGACAGGAAGUAGAAAAUAUAGAGUUACAAAAUAGGAUAGAAACUUUAGAACAAAAUUUACAAAGUAAAAGUAAGGAAAUAGAACAAGCGAUGACAACGCUAGAAGAAACCAAACAGAGAAUGUUGGAAUUGGAAGAUGUGGAACAAAAUAGAAAAAAAAUGGAGAGGAAUGAAACAUUACUUAAAAGUAGCUUGAUGGAUCUUGAAGAGCAAUUAAACGAGAAAACUAAGACAAUUAAAGUCUUACAGCAACGAUUAACCGAUAUGAAAAAGACUCUUCAACGAGAGUUGAGAGUUCCGUCUUCAUCAUUGGAUAGUGAUGCUGAACCUUCUGCGGCGAUUCUCAAGCCCAGUUCGUCAAAAACAGUCACUGCCAGGCACAAUAAUACACGAGAUGAUGAUGUUAACUUUAAAUAUCUUAAACAUGUUCUCAUAAAGUUCCUAACAAGUAGGGAAUAUGAGGCCCUUCAUUUAACGAGAGCAGUUGCUACUCUUUUACAUUUUUCACCCGAAGAGGAGCGAUUAUUACAAGAAACUUUAGAAUGGAAAAUGUCAUGGUUUGGCACACGGCCUAAUCUAGGUUUUGGACAAACUGCCAAAGCUAUACCACCUAGCUGAUAGCUGAAACAAAUGUACCUUUCUAUAGGUAUUAUUAAAGUAGCUUCUAAUUCAUGGCUAAAAUCGAAGAAUUGGAUUGCAUCAAUGAUCAAUCACAAAUGAUUAUACUUAAAAGAUUAAGAAAAACAGAUGGGAAAAGUUUGUAAGCUAAAAAUUUCAUAAAUUUUGUAAAAUAUUUAACAUUUAUAAUAUGUGUAUAAUUUAUUCGCUGGAUUACAAAUAUUGAUUACAGUUAGCUUCAAAGAUGUCCAGCAAAGUACGUAGCAUCAAAUGUUAUUUAGAUAAAUUUAUAAGUUGAAUAUAGGAAAUUUUGGCAUUUGUCAAUGUAUAAAAAUGAAAUUCUUUAUAAAAUAAUUUAAGAAAAAAUAUGUGCAACGUAUUACAUCAUACAUUUCUUUUGUGUUAAAAUAUACACAAUCAUUCUGCAAUAUUCAACAUGCAAAAAUUAUAUUUAUGCUCUUUUCUGUAUACGAAUAUAUCAUAAUACGAGGCACUUCAUUGUUAAAUUGGAUA